CCACGCGCGGUUAUCCGUGACAAACAUCGCAGAAGAUCAUAUCGCGCCUGCUAGCUCAUGGUCCGGGCCGCAAAGGGGCGCAGAGAUGUAUUUAAAGGACGGCUGGCACGACACCGCUAGAGCAACUCCUUUACAUUCGUUGUCAUGUCGUCUAGUAGCGCAGACGUGGAGAAGGUCCAGCAGUACAAAGUGACAGAAGAGGCAGUGUCACUGAAGCGGCUGAAGAGAUUCGAAGACUUUGAACCACCCUCCAACGAACCAGCUCGAGCGACCGACGACCUUCCGUGGCCUAUUGGAGGGCCAGAUAACCAGACCGAAGUCGACAAUGAGGCGGAGAAUAGUCCGUACUUGAUGGUCAGAGCAGCUGUGCCAGCCAAGGACGACCCUGAUAUGCCCGCCAAUACAGUACGCAUGUGGGUCAUUGGUCUGCUGUUCACCUGCAUUGGUUCAAGUUUCAAUACAGUACUGAGCCUGCGCACACCAACAGUGGCCCUCACGCCGACUGUCGUUCAGUUUUUUGCCUUUUAUGUAGGCAAUUUUUGGCACAAGGUCAUGCCAAGCCGCGUUUUUACUACCUUUGGCAGGAAGUGGUCGUUGAAUCCCGGGCCCUUCAACUACAAGGAACACACCUGCAUCUCGAUCAUGGCGACAGUAGGGUUCGGAAAUGACUACGUGGGCAGCUUCCUUGUCUCGCAGCAAGUAUUUUACAAGCAGACCUUCGGUUUGUUGUUCCAACUUUUGCUUUCUUGGACUGUUCAAAUGCUUGGGCUUUCGCUAGCUGGUAUCGCUCGCCGCUUCCUGGUGUAUCCGGCCUCUGCCUUGUGGCCCAGUGUCCUUGCACAGAGCACGCUGAUUCACACCCUUCACAAAGGGGUUGAGCCGCCGAGUUACGGACGAUGGAAGGGCAUCACACGAUACAAAUUUUUCAUUGUUGUCAUGGUCGCUUGUUUGUUUUGGCACUUCUUCCCGCUCUUCAUCUUCCCGGCGUUGUCAGCACCAGUCUUCCUCACAUGGAUCUGGCCCAAUAAUGUUCUGGUCAAUCAGCUCUUUGGCGCCUCACAAGGACUUGGCAUAUUACCCCUGACCUUUGAUUGGAGCACAGUCAGCGGAUAUCAAGGAAGUCCUUUGGUCGUUCCAUGGUACGCAGCGGCUAAUAUUUUGGUCGGCGUCUUCGUUAUUUUUGUUCUUGGUUCGCUUGGCUUGAACUUCGGCAAUGUCUGGUAUGGAGACUAUCUUCCGAUAUCGGAAAGCUCGACCUACGACAAUACACAAAUGCCUUUCAAUGCGACCUCACUCUUGACACCUGACUUUCAGCUAGACCCGGUGAAGUAUCAGAACUACUCGCCUUUGUUCUUGCCCACUACAUUUGCUCUCGCCUAUGGAGUGAGCUUUGCUGCUAUUGCUGCCACGCUACCGUAUAUUUACCUGCAUCACGGCGCCAAUAUUCGACGACAAUUAUUUCGCAAAGAAGGGGAGGACAUUCACAUGAAGCUGAUGCGAAAGUAUCCCGAAACGCCAGAUUGGUGGUACGCAGUGCUAUAUGUCGUUAUGUUUUCCAUGACACUUGCUGUCGCCCUGGCUUGGCCUACACACCUGGCUUGGUGGGCCGUGAUGCUCACGAUAGUCAUUGCAAUCUUUUAUGUCAUUCCUAUCGGCAUUAUCGCUUCCAUGACCAACGUUUACAUCGGCCUUAACGUGAUCACAGAAUUCAUCAUCGGUUACUUACAGCCCGGAAAGCCCGUUGCUAUGAUGUUGUUCAAGACAUAUGGCUAUAUCACGAUGAGUCAAGCAUUGACAUUCACGGGUGACAUGAAACUGGCGCAUUACAUGAAGGUACCACAACGCCAAGUUUUCUGGGUUCAAUUGGUUGCGACUUUCGUUGGCUCGACGGUCGACGUUUUUGUAUUGCGGAUGGCCUUGCAAAAGAUUCCCAAUAUUUGCACGAAACUGGCGCCAAUGCAUUUCUCUUGCUCCCAAUCGAAAGUCUUUUACAACGCAUCCAUCAUCUGGGGACUACUAGGACCCGCAAGAAUCUUCAGCAUUGGAAAGCUGUACAGCGGAUUGCUCUUGUUUUUCCCAAUCGGAUUUAUUUGUCCCAUCUUGGUCUGGCUAUACCUCAGGAAAUAUCCUGAUUCUUGGGUUCGUUUCGUCAAUGUGCCCGUCAUCUUCACUGGCUCUGGUUCGAUACCCCCUGCGACAGUGCUCAAUUACGCAACGUGGGGUAUCGUUGGCUGGGUUUUCAAUUACCUCAUCAAAAAGAAUCAUUCAAGGUGGUGGACCAAGUACAACUAUAUCUUAUCUGUAGGUAUGGACCUUGGCCUGGCUAUUGUCACCAUCUUCCUUGGACUCGUCUUCAGCAUCGGCAAUAUCAAGAUGCCUGAAUGGUGGGGCGUUACCGUAGGAACCGAUACUCUUGAUUACACGGGUGGAGCAAUUCGCAAGAUUGUCGCAGAUGGCGAACAUUUCGGCCCUCCUCUCGGAAGCUGGUCCUGAAAGGCGCAACUUUGUGUUGAUCGAGGCUUGUCAUGCAACUAUUCUAAUUCUGCUGGGCAGCUAAUUCAUAGACUUUUUGCCCUUAUUUACCCUUCAUAUUUGCUAAAUCUUC